UGAUCCGGUGAAACGACAACAAACGGACUUUUUGCUGCUACUCGGCGAUGCUUAGUGUUUUCUUUCCACAUUUAUAGACUUGUCCUCCCCGCACCUCUCAAGAGGAGAAGAGGAGACAUGGAGAACGUGCACCUGGCUCUGGAGGAGGAGGACCUUUACUCCGGCUACAACGACUACAAUCCAACAUUUGACUCCGAGGAGCUGGAGAAUGAUGCAGGCUUCCAGCAAGCAGUGAGGACCAGUCAUGGAAGAAGACCCCCGAUGACUGCCAAAUUUCCCGGCACCGCCAUUGGAGCUCGGCCUUUAGCGACUUCAUUUGGAUCUCGAAUCCCUAUGACAUCUUCAAUGGGCAGACCUGUGACUGGAGCUGUGCAGGACGGAGCCGCCCGACCAAUGACUGCUGUAAGAGCCGCAGGUUACACCUCCUCCAUGACUCGUGGCUCAAAUUUUGACCCUCUGGGACAGUCCAGAGGCCCCGCCCCCUCUCUAGAGGCCAAGAAUGAGGAUACGCCUGAGGAGAAGAUCAAGAUCCUGGAGAAGAAAGUGAAUGACUUGAUAGAAGAGAGCUGCAUGGCACAGAGCAUUGGAGCCUUACAACUGUCACUUGAAAAAGGCAAGGAGGCAGGGAGGAAGGAGAGAGCACUGGUGAGACAGAGGGAACAGACCGGAAAUGCUGAACACAUCAAUCUAGACCUCACCUACUCAGUUUUGCUCAACCUUGCCAACCAGUAUGAGAACAAUGAAAUGUACCCCGAGGCCCUAAACAGCUACCAGGUCAUUGUGAAGAACAAGAUGUUCAAUAAUGCAGGCCGACUCAAGGUCAACAUGGCCAACAUCUACUUCAAACAGAAAAACUACCCCAAAGCCAUCAAGUUCUAUCGAAUGGCGCUGGAUCAGAUCUCCAACGCUCACAAAGAAAUGAGGAUCAAGAUCAUGCAGAACAUCGGCGUGGUCUUUGUUCGCAUGGGUCAGUACUCGGAUGCCAUCACAUCUUUCGAACACAUCAUGAGCGAGAGCCCCAACAUUAAGACAGGCUUCAACCUCAUCCUGUGCUACUACGCCAUCGGUGACAGGGAGAGGAUGAAGAAGGCCUUUCAGAAGCUCAUUUCAGUCCCUCUGGGCAUCGAUGAUGAAGACAAAUACAUCGCAUCUAAUGAUGACACCAGUUCCAAUAUGGUCACUGAGGCCAUUAAGAAUGACAAGCUUCACCAGAUGGAGAGAGAUCUAAAAGUCCUGGCUGAGAAAUACAUCAUGACUGCAGCUAAACUCAUCGCUCCAACUAUUGAGACCUCCUUUGCCACUGGAUUUGACUGUUGUGUGGACAUGGUGAAAAGUUCUCAGUACGUCGAGCUAGCCAACGAUCUUGAGAUCAACAAAGCCAUCACCUAUCUCAGACAGAAGGACUUCAACCAGGCAGUUGAAACCCUGAAAACGUUUGAGAAGAAGGACAGCAGAGUGAAGAGCGCUGCCGCCACCAAUCUUUCUUUCCUGCACUUCCUGGAGAAGGAAUAUGAUCAGGCUGAGCGCUACGCUGACCUUGCCAUGAACGCCGAUCGCUACAAUCCAGCAGCACUGAUCAACAAGGGCAACACCCUGUUCGUCAAACAGGACUAUGAGAAGGCUGCAGAGUUCUACAAAGAAGCGCUGAGGAAUGACUCCUCCUGCACCGAGGCCCUCUACAACCUGGGUCUAUCCUAUAAAAAACUGAAUCGACUGGAGGAGGCUCUUGACUGCUUCCUGAAGCUCCAUGCCAUUCUUAGGAACAGUGCCCAGGUCAUGUACCAGCUGGCUCAUCUCUAUGAGCUUCUGGAGGAUUCCCAACAGGCCAUCGAGUGGUUGAUGCAGGUCAUCAGUGUAACUCCCACAGACCCACAGGCACUGGCCAAGCUGGGGGAGCUGCACGAUGGUGAUGGGGACAAGUCCCAGGCCUUCCAGUACUACUAUGAGUCUUUUAGAUACUUCCCCUCCAACAUCGAUGUGAUUGAGUGGCUCGGAGCGUAUUACAUCGAGACUCAGUUUUGUGAAAAAGCUAUUCAGUACUUUGAAAGAGCCACACUCAUUCAACCAACACAGGUGAAGUGGCAGCUCAUGGUUGCAAGCUGCUACAGAAGAAGUGGAAACUACCAGAAAGCUCUGGAAACAUAUAAAGACAUCCACCACAAGUUUCCAGAAAAUGUGGAAUGUCUGCGUUUCCUGGUGAGGCUGUGCACGGACAUGGGACUGAAUGAAGUCCAAGAAUACGCCACCAAGCUGAAGAAGGUGGAGAAGAUGAAGGAGAUGAGAGAACAGAGAGUGAAGUCGGGCAGAGAGGGAAGCGCCCGAGGUCGGAGAGAAGGCAGAGAGGGCAGUGGUGGGAGUGCCGACAGCAACCACAGCAGCAACAGCGCUAAGGGAGAGCGGCUGAGCGCCAGGAUGAGGUCACUUCCUGCUUCCAACGAGCCCUACGAGGCCAACAGCCCAAAAGAACUGGAUGCGUCCUACGUGGAUCCCCUGGGGCCUCAGAUGGAGAGGCCGAAGACGGGGGCCAAGAAGCGAGUGGAGGAUGACGACUUUGCGGAUGAAGAGCUGGGAGACGACCUGCUGCCCGAGUAGCUGCAUAAUGUCUUUUACAUUUUCGACCUUUUACAUGGUAAACACUUUACUUUUCACGGUUAUGGUCCAAAUGAAUGUUUACAUCAGCCGUGCAGAAGUCUGAUGUCUUCACCCCUGUCACAUUCGGAAAAGUAAAUAUUUAUACAUGUGUAUUUAGUAGAGGAAUACUUACACACAUAAAGACUUAUAUACAUGGACUGAUUGCAAAAUGUUGCGGCUCAGUAUUUUGCACAGCUUUGUUGUUGUUUUUUCCACCAGCACAAUGAAACAGACAUUUGACAGCAACAGUGACGCUUAACUUAAAUUUGAACCUGUGUAGAUGAAUUAUGUUAUAUUAUAUUAUCUUGGACGUCUUGUUCUGGCCCAUGAGUAAAUGUGUUGCGCAGGUUAUUCAGAGUGGAUUUGAACUUCUGCCAAAAAGCGACAAGGAUGAAAUGUUGCAUCUUCAUCCUCACGUCACCUUUUUCCUUGUCAACCCAGUGCUGGAGCCAAGCAAUGACAGACAUGACAUUUUUUUCUGACAGCGCUGUAUGUUUCCAUGUGUGACCCUGGGAACUCUCUGGAGAAUCCAUCAGCACAACACUUCACCAGACUCAUGUAAUAAAUCCAUUACAUGAGUUUAGUGUUGUAAUUUGUACCAAAAUGUUUAUUUGUAGUAUAAUAUUUAUAUUUUCUUGUUUGUUCAAUCAUUGUUUGCUAAGUAUACGAUUAAAAGAGACAAUAUUUAUGUAA